AUUUGCCCACCGCCCCUCAGGGACCGUUCAAGGGACCGAAGCCCAGAGAAGCGGCCCACAGGGAUUUGAUUGAACCCUGGGCUGGGCCCAGGACCGGGGGCUGGCCUGUCAGGCCUGUCUCCUCCUCCUGGGGCCACCAAUGGCUGCAGGCCUCGGUUUGCGUGCAUCUCUGGAGACUGGAGACCGUGAGGGACAGGGUCUGUCUGGCCAGAGAAAAAGGUGCGCGCCGUUCGGUUUAUUAUUUGGCUAGCUCUACCAACGUGAGCAAGCUGCUUGCUGCUUGUUGCUCCUGGCAAGGACCUUAGGUAGACAGACCUGAAUACGGACGGGACAACGUGCCGUGGCUUUUCCUUGCUCGUCCUUGCUCCAUCAUCCCCGGCGACAGAGGGGCGCGCUGCUUUUGCUUUUUCCUCUCCACGCUUCAUUUGACAGCAGUUGUUUGUUCCUGAACGGCGUGCCUGUGCCAGCCCAAGCCCUGUCUGUCUCUCAUCCUGCCCCCGACCGUUACCCUUCAACUUCAGACCUCACUCUCGACCUUGCGCCCAGCAUCGCCCAGUAUCGCCUAGCUUGCCGGAGCACCCCUUACUUUGGACUCUUCCUGCGCACCUUGCGAGAAGCCUCAACCCAACCCUCGUCCCUGGCCUCCCCGCCCGCACUCAACCUCACACCACCCCCACCUUACAUCCCUUCACCUCGCCCUCCGAUCCAGCCACGCCCUGCCACGCCCUGCCGGGCUGCUUCUCACGGCUCCCGCUCUUGAGACAACUCCUGCGACGACCCUCUCCCCGGCCCCUAAGGCUCGGUCGCCUUCCGCCACGCAACACCUGCUAAAGAGAUCCUUACCCCCCUCCUCGUAGCGGCACGGGCACGAGGCCCAACCCACCCGCCAACACCACCACCACCACCACCACCACCUGCGUGUCGCAACCGCUCCUGGUAGCUCCAGUCGCCCGUCCAGCACUUGGAACCGCCGUACAAGUCUCGCCCCAGUCCUGGGGCCUGACCAGAAACACCUUUCCUGGCCGACCAAUGACCCCAUGAAGGAGCGAGCGCAGUGGUUUAGUCAAGUGCAAGCCAGCUAGUAGCACACCCGCGGCCAUGGACGCCUCCUCAGCUCCCCUCGCCGACUACUUCUGGAUUGCCGGCAUAGAAGACAUAUCCUACCAUGACAAUGACCUUGACCCGCGGCCUCUGAGCUCCCUCCAGCUCAACGACACGAUCAGGGAGGACGCCGAGAACGAGGCUCCCGACACGCUCACCCAGACACCCACAAAGGACACCGCCCGCCACUCUCGGCGGAGCUCGGUGAACCGGAUUUCCAGGAUCCCUUCAAACGAGAACAACCGCUUCUCCAUACAGACGCUGGGCGAGGAAAACGAGGGCAACACCAGGAGUAAUCGGAGUAGCGCCACCAUACGCGCAGUGCCCCCUGUCAAUGGCGGUGGUGGCCCCGACGACAGCCCCUUCAGCCCCGGGGAGCCCGCCCCUGCCGAGGGCUCGUCCGCGACCAAUGGCGGUGGGCAAGGCGUGGGUUUCACGGGUCUGCCAGAUUUCGAUUUCGACAAGGCUCUUAUGAAGUUUGCCGCGGAGCGAGAGAUCUUCCUGGACGACCUGAGUUUCACCGCUGGGGCCAAGCUGCAGGCGCGGCCCCCAAUGGUGAACAACCUACGCGCGGAGAGGAUCAAGGCCGAGGAGGGCGAGCUGAGCGGGAGGAUGAGCCCCUUGAAGAGCAUCAAGGGGAGUAUCCGACGCAAGAUUAGUUUUAGGGACAUGAACAGCGUCAAGAGGCAGACUGCUGCCCCUCGGGUGCGGCCAGCCUCUGUCCGGACCACGAAGCGGCUGAGCAAUUACAAUUCGGUCAUUCCACCUCCAGAACCCCUAAAUAUGGACCCGGACAUGCAUCCUCUCAAGAGGCGUUUCGAGCCCAAACUAUUGGACAGAUAUCCCAAGGACUCAGCAGACGAGAAGACUCGGAGGGGCAAAUUCCCGGACUAUGUACCCAUGUUCGCCUUUCCCAACGACAUCCAAGUCGUCUCGUCCGACGAGCGCCCUCGAGCCACAUGGCAUGGUUUUACCAUGACCUCUGACGACAACUCCAAGCUCUAUGGGAUCACCGUGAUAGUGUGGACUGCAUUGACCGCCGACGUCGCUGAGCAAGUCGAGAAGAAGUGCGAAUCGUGGAGGCAGAAGCACAUGUCAGACGAGGAGAGAGAGCUGGCAGCAAGCUUGGGAGCCCGCCUGGCGGCCGAGCGCGCACACCUCUCACAACUCCUCGCAAAGCUUCCCACCAUCCCGUCUGGCUCUUCCGCUAGGGACCUUCUCGACGAUCAGAUCAGCACUGUGGAGGAGAAGAUCAGCCUCAUGACCGAGAUGCUGCGGCCGCUCAGGCAUGGCGCCGCGUCGAAGAUUGAUGGUCUCACAGCAGGCGACACCGGAUUAUGGACACCACGGGCCUAUGGCAUCUUGGGCCGAGAUGUGACCAAGAUAACAUUUUGGAAAGAUUGGCUCCGGUCUAUUAUCGUGCCCAUGACGGACGGUGCAGUGUUGAGGGUGCCGCCGAGCUCGCCCAAGGUCGGACGGUGGCAGCCGCUUGAGCAUUACGUCGUCAACCUCUGCAUCGAGGCCGUCAGCCCCAUCAGCUCAAAGACCCAGGUAGAGCUUGGUGUCAGAGAGCUCCGCCUCUACUGCCGUAAGGAGGCGGUCAACGAGCUACCCGGCUCGCGCAACAUCGACCUCUACGCGCUUUUCAGAUGCCUGUCUCUCGAGAACAUCGUGGCUUUGUUCGAGUAUGCCAUGUCCGAAUCGCGCAUCAUCUUUAUCUCAUCUUACACGGCCAUGCUCCACCUCGCAUGCCAUGCCCUUGUCAACUUGCUGUACCCCCUGAAAUGGGCUAGCGUUUUCAUUCCGGUGCUACCAGCAAGGCUACUCUCUGCGCUCGAUGCGCCAUGUCCGUAUAUCGUCGGUAUCGAGAGACGGUACGAUAACAUCGAACUCCCCGACGACGACUACGUGCUUGUGGACCUCGACAGAGACACCAUCGACGCCACGUCGCAGCCCCAUCGCCUACCCCGGCAGCACCGCAGAAAGCUCUUCUCCCUGUUGCAGAUCGCGGCGCCACACAAGUUGCGCUACGGAGUCACCACUGGUGCUCCCCCGUACGCCAUCGAAGCUUUCCCCUACGAUGCUUUUUCGGCAGAGAAUGACGGCAUCUUCAACGCCAGCCCGGCACCUGCCACAUUGGGCAAAUGGGUGUCUCAGAACUCAUCUACAUUCGGCGAACCAGUCCCGCCCAACAGCAUCCGAAAACCAAUUUUCAACGCCUUUUGCCACGCCAAACCUGACAACUCGAGGUCUGACAGGCCGAUGACAGCACGGUCCGGCAAGACGAGCCCAAACUCCUCCGUGUCGCCAGUCUCCAUGACGUUCCCGCCGAUGCCGACCACACCAGUAUCACGGACUGACUCGGGAUUCGCGGCCUCGGGCACUUUGAAGGAGAAGCGUUCUGGUCAUUUUGAUACCAAAUCGAGACGUAGUUCGUCCUUUGGUGUGGAACAGCACCCUCCGGCUCACAGGCCUAGCAUCCCGGCUCUCAACGGCCACUCACAAAACCUGUCCGUGUCAUCCACUUCUGGAGACUCCCAGUCUUCGUACCACACUGGUUAUGCACCGUCCUCGUAUGCUCAGUCGACAAUCGCGGCCUCCACUGUGAUGCCCAACAUGCUCGUGCAACCCGUCGAGAACACGGAUACAACAGUAUGGGUCGAAGGGCACUGUAUGGAAUGGAACGUCACAGAGCGCGAUUCAGUUUGCGACAUAUGCGACGAGCGGUCCGAGGGCGAUGGACUAUUCAAGUGCAAGGGCUGUGGCUGUCUGGCACACAAUCGCUGCCUGGGCUUCGUCUGCCUCGUCUGCCCCGUUGCUUUUCACGCAGACCGGGUUCGCGCCGCCUUUGUCCGCUGCCUGGCCAGCCUGCUUUAUACCUACAGGAAGUAUAUGGGUCGGCCAAACAAACAGCAGAAGGAAAAUGGCCAGCUUUACGCCUUUGACAUGAGUGGCUUUAUUAGGAGCUUGCCGUAUGAUCAACAGGAGUACGCGACGAUGAUGAAAGAUACGCAAGCUUUCAACGAGUUCAUCCAUGAACGAGAGCGGCAACCCGCGAGCCACCCAGACAACCGACUCUUCGAUGAGAUCUUGGUUGCCAAAAAGGCUCGUGGGCGGCCGAUGCUGUCGACUGGCAUCUCACGACUCUCUACUCUUAGAGCAAGCCAUAGUGGUUCUGGUGGAAUACCACCCCCGCGUCAACCCAAGCUCACAGGGUUCAUGGCCGACACGUCUGACCACAUAUGGAGGACUGCAGCCGUCCCUGUUCCCAGCUCGAAAUUCCAGGGCGACUACCGUUCGAUCAUCACCAGGAUCCCCGAUAAGCUUGACCCGUCUCUCAUCAAGGAGCCGCGGUCUAUCGCCGGGGCACCGAAGCCUGAGCCGCGGGGCAAGGGGUUCUUGAGGAAAGCGAUUGGUAGCAGCAACAAAGGCUGAUUAAUCGCGGCGCCGACUCGCAAUAUCUGUACAGUAUCGAAAGCCGAUGGCAGUCGUUUUGCUGUUGUUAUGAAUUGGGCUGCUCCUGCUUAGGGGCACAGCCCGCCCCCAGAGAGGUAGCUCCAACCAAUGGUGCUGUGGGAGAUGACUGGAUUGCCGCCCAAAUGAGGGACGGCCUUGGGAGAGUCAAGCUCGUCGAGUUGCUUUGUGUGGAAAGGUUAAUUGGAUCCGAGCCAGGCCGAGAGAAUGGCAUUGUCAUUUACGAAGUGCCCAUGUACAAGUAGGUGGAUAUUUUAAAAGAAGGAGGCGGCCUUUGAAAGGCUGGCAAGGGAAAGCGCCAUCUGUUGAAUAAAAUGCAUUCAGGCAGGGCGGAUCAUGGUAGUAUGGCAAUGAUCAGAGCUGAGACAACUCGGUUACUUUGUCACAAUGAG